AACCCUACGAAGUUUGAGCCUCGCCGCUCUCCAUAGCCGCUCCGCUCAGUCCUGACUACGUUCCCGCACUUUCUGGCGUGAGAGGUCAGAGGGCGCGCCACCGCUCAGGCACACGGAGCGGACCCGGGCCGCAAAGGCCAUGGAUGAGGCAGACGGCGCUGAGGAGGCCUUCGGGCUCUUGGGAACCAAAGAAGAAUUUGUUAAAGUCCGAAAGAAGGACCUGGAACGGCUGACAACGGAAGUGAUGCAAAUACGGGACUUCUUACCCAGAAUACUAAACGGGGAAAUGCUGGAAACCUUCCAGAAAUUAAAGACUGUGGAGAAAAACAUGGAAAGGAAGGAGCAAGAAUUAGAGCAACUGAGAAUGGAUUGUGAGCACUUUAAAGCCCGCCUAGAGACUGCGCAAGCCGACAGCCUGCGGGAGAAGAAGGAGAAACUGGCUCUGCGCCAGCAGCUGAACGAGGCGAAGCAGCAGCUUCUGCAGCAGGCAGCGUAUUGCACAGAGAUGGGCGCAGCAGCCUGCACGCUGCUCUGGGGUGCUUCCAGGAGCGAGGAGGUGGUCAAAGCCAUUCUGGGAGGAGAGAAAGCUUUGAAAUUUUUCAGCAUCACUGGGCAGACAAUGGAGAGUUUUGUGAAGUCACUGGAUGGGGAUGUCAAAGAGCUCGACUCUGAUGAAAGUCAGUUUGUCUUUGCUUUGGCUGGAAUUGUAACAAACGUCGCUGCCAUAGCGUGUGGGCGUGAAUUCCUGGUGAACUCCAGCCGGGUGCUCUUGGACACCAUGCUGCAGCUUCUGGGAGACUUGAAGCCAGGACAGUGCACCAAACUCAAAGUGUUAAUGCUGAUGUCCCUGUACAACGUGAGCAUCAAUUUGAAAGGCUUGAAGUACAUUAGCGAGAGCCCAGGAUUCAUCCCUUUGCUGUGGUGGCUGCUGAGUGAUCCCGAUGCAGAGGUGUGUCUUCAUGUUUUGCGACUUGUCCAGUCAGUGGUUCUGGAACCAGAAGUUUUCUCCAAGUCAGCCUCCGAGUUCCGGAGCUCCCUGCCCCUGCAGCGCAUCCUGGCCAUGUCCAGGAGCCGCAACCCCCACCUGCAGACCGUGGCCCAGGAGCUCCUGGAAGACCUUCGCGCUCUGGAGUGUGAUGUGUAGGCGUGCCCCUUCCCCUUCCCGAGGUCCCCACUUUGUGUUCUGACACCAUCACUGCGUGCCGUGUGUUACAGAUGGCCAGGAGUUCUUGACUAGAGAUGGAUAGGAAUGAAUAGGUGUCCACACAGCUUCCUCCGGAAGUAAAGGUCCUUGCGGGUGGCUCAUUAAUCUUGCCAAGGGGAGCCUGAGAAAGAAUCCAUCCUGUCGCAGCGGCCGUGUCAGCUGGGCCGUGUCAGCUGGGCCUGGCUUCUCAGAGUGGUUUCUGCUCAGGCCACUUUCUGAGACCCGUGGGUUCCCCCCAGAUGGGAGAUUAAAUAACCACCUACCCCAUUGGUCAACAUUUUCCUGAGACACAUUUCUUUGAAAAACAGUUCAUUCUCUCUCUAGUAAUUAUAAUUAAUCCCCUGAAUGCAAGUUUACCUUUAAACCUUUUGGUGAACCUGCUAGUUCAGAUGCCAUCGGACACUUUAGUUUUGUAUUUUUGUGCCUCUUUUACUUUUGAAUAAAGAGAGUCAGAAGAGU